CGGUGGCGGCUGGUUCUGCGCCGGAUCUGAGAGAGGGGCGGUCGCCAUUGUGCUUCUCUGCGGACUGCUUUGCCUCAGUUAGAGGCCUAGAACUCCGAGGAGGAAGGCAGUGCUGCGGUCGUUGCGAGAGAGACACGCCUUAUUCGUUGCCAGCUCGGGAGCAGGGGAAACUUUAAGAAUGGAGUCUAAACCUUCAAGGAUCCCAAGAAGAAUUUCUGUUCAACCAUCCGGCUCUUUAAGUGCUAGGAUGAUGUCUGGAAGCAGAGGAAAUAGUUUAAAUGAUACCUAUCACUCAAGAGACUCUUCAUUUAGACUGGAUUCUGAAUAUCAGUCUACAUCAGCAUCAGCAUCACCAUUUCAGUCUACUUGGUAUAGUGAAUCUGAGAUAACUCAGGGAGCACGCUCAAGAUCACAAAACCAGCAACGGGAUCAUGAUUCAAAAAGACCUAAACUUUCCUGUACAAACUGUGCAUCUACCUCUGCUGGGAGAAAUAUUGGACAUGGUUUAACUGCCGUAUCAGGAAAUUCUGCAUCUUUGACCAGCUUUGCAUUUUGUUCUGGAAUUAUUUUACAUCAAGCUCACAUGGUAUGGUCAGGUGUUCUAGAAGAAUCUUCUUGGAGGCAUAAUCAAGUUCCUAGAUCUUCAUCAAUGGUACUUGGAUCAUUUGGGACUGACUUGAUGAGAGAGAGAAGAGAUUUAGAGAGAAGAACAGAUUCUUCCAUUAGUAAUCUUAUGGAUUAUAGCCACCGAAGUGGUGAUUUCACAAAUUCAUCAUAUAUUCAAGACAGAGUUCCUUCUUCAUAUUCACAGGGAGCAAGACCAAAAGAUAACUCAGUGAGCACUUUACAGUUGAAUACAUCAUCCACAAACCACCAAAUGCCUUCUGAACAUCAGACUGUACCAUGUUCUAGGGACUCUAAUAGAAAUUCUCUAAGGUCAAAUUUUUCUCCAAGAGAAUUGGAAUCUCCCCAAAGCAGUACACAGCCUGGAUUUUCUUAUCUUUCAAAUAGAGAUGAAGCCUCAACCAUAAGCAGUUCAGAUAGGGUUGGUUCAUCUCAAAGAUCAUUUCAAGAAUCUUCUGACAACGAAGGUAGACGUUCAACCAGAAGAUUGCUUUCACGUAUAGCUUCUAGUAUGUCAUCUACCUUCUUUCCCCGAAGAUCUAGUCAGGAUUCCUUGAAUACAAGAUCAUUGAGUUCUGAAAAUUCCUAUGUUUCUCCAAGAAUCUUGACAGCUUCACAGUCUCGUAGCAAUGCAGCGUCAGCUUCUGAUGUUCCCGAUAAUAGGGCAUCUGAAGCUUCUCAGGGAUUUCGAUUUCUUAGGCGAAGAUGGGGUUUGUCAUCUCUUAGCCAAAAUCAUAGCUCUGAGCCUGAUUCAGAAAAUUUUAACCAAGAAUCUGAAGGUAGAAAUACAGGACCAUGGUUAUCUUCCUCACUUAGAAAUAGAUGCACACCUUUGUUCUCUAGAAGGAGACGAGAGGGACGAGAUGAAUCUUCAAGGAUACCUACCUCUGAUAUACCACCUAGAUCUCAUCAUAUUUUUAGAAGAGAAUCAAAUGAAGUGGUUCACCUUGAAGCACAGAGUGAUCCCCUUGGGGCUACUGCCAACAGAUCACAAGCAUCUGCAGCAUCGAGUAGUGCUGCUACGGGUGGCUCCACAUCAGAUUCAGCUCACAGUGGAAGAAGUACAGGAAUAACAGGGAUCCUUCCUGGUUCUUUAUUUCGAUUCGCAGUCCCCCCAGCACUUGGAAAUAAUUUGACCGACAAUGUCAUGAUCACUGUAGAUAUUAUUCCUUCAGGUUGGAGUUCAUCUGAUGGAAAGAGUGAUAAAACUAAAAGUGCACCUUCAAGAGACCCAGAAAAACUGCAGAAAAUAAAAGAGAGCCUCCUUUUAGAGGACUCUGAAGAAGAAGAAGGUGACUUAUGUAGAAUUUGUCAGAUGGCAGCUGCAUCAUCAUCUAACUUGCUGAUAGAGCCGUGCAAGUGCACAGGAAGCUUGCAGUAUGUUCACCAAGAUUGUAUGAAAAAGUGGUUACAGGCCAAAAUUAACUCUGGUUCUUCAUUAGAGGCUGUAACCACCUGUGAACUCUGUAAAGAGAAGUUGCAGCUUAACCUGGAGGAUUUUGAUAUUCAUGAACUACAUAGAGCUCAUGCAAAUGAACAAGCUGAGUAUGAGUUUAUCAGCUCUGGUCUCUACCUAGUUGUGUUAUUGCACUUGUGCGAACAAAGUUUUUCUGAUAUGAUGGGAAAUACAAAUGAACCAAGCACACGUGUCCGAUUUAUUAACCUUGCAAGAACUCUUCAGGCACAUAUGGAAGAUCUCGAAAGUAGGUGGAAUUUCCCCUUCCCAGACUUGUUUAAUUUCUUUUGCAAAUUAAAUCCACAGACCAAAACCUUACUGUAUAUGCUUUCUACCAAAUUAGAGCUUCAUUUAUAGGCGUAGUAAUACCAUAAUAACUGAUUUGGGAAAGAUGGGUUGGGCAACUGACCUUUUUCAAAGCAUAUUUUUAAAAAAUAAUUUUAAGGUACAGAAGGAUAUAUUUUAACUAGUGUUUUAUUUAAAAUUUUUAUUUUUGAUCGCCUUAAUUUUAAUCAAAAAGAAAACUUCUGGUCAAACCACACUUCUAAAUCUGUUAGGUGUGUGUGUGUGAGAGAGAGAGAGAGAGAAAUUUUGUUAUUCAUCUUUGUUAGAUCAUUAAAAGUUUUCCCUGGGUUUGUGUAUAGUUCUAGGAAAAUAGGGGUGAAAGAUUCCUAGUUCUGAGUCCGUAACAGAAGCCAUAGUUUUUUUUUUGCUCCUUGUUCAGGUCCUCAUGGACCUUUAAUAGGCAGCCAGCUCCGACAGCAACUCCAAUCUCUUAAGAUCACGUUCCAGUAUUAGGACUUCUGCCUGGGCUCCUAUGUGAAGGCACUUAAUGCCCAAAUCUUUACAGGCAUCUGCACAGCUUAACCUCAAAGUCCUACAACCUCCAGGGUGCUUCGUACCAGGUGGGCACAGAUAUUGGUGGCUCUGAAAUAGUUCCUGGGAAUUCAAGAUUACCCUACCUAUUGUACUUUUUCACCCAAAGCAACUGGCUCCCCACGAUCAGAUUCCAUUACACUCUUUGAAGUGUUUUAAAAUAUAUAUUCUCCACUUGAUUAUUCUCUGUACUCAUCUUCGAAACACUUGUGGAGUGUUACCUGUAGUGUGCGUGUUUUUUUACCCUUUGAAGUAAAGUUUGAGAAGGACUUGGUCUUCAUGAGAGCCUUUUAAUUCCUAGAAUAUUCUAAGACAUGGGUUGUUGUCAUUAAGUUUGUACUAUUUUUAAGUUUUGAAAGGAUUAGAGGUACAACCAGAUGCCUUUUCACAGUUUAGUAUGUGUGAAAAUGGUAUAUAAAGGAGUCUGGUAUAUAAAGUGGGAAUUCAUUUGGUAUACAUCUUUUUUUUUCUUUUAUAUAAACUUCACAUCCCUUAUGUUACCUAACACAAAGAUCUCUUUUAGCAAAUUAUAAUUCAUACUUUGCCAGAUGUGAUGGUAGUAAUUUGUUUUAGAUGAUAGUAAUAUUUUCCCCAGAUUGCUUUACUUUUUUUUAAACUAACAUUUAGUAGUUUCCUAAACAUAGCAAUGUCUACUGCCAGCAUGUAAGAAAGACAGAGGUGAAAUAUACCCAGAUUCAGCUGAGAGUAAAAGCUGUUGUGGGUGCUACAAGCUUACUCCUAAGUACCAGAAUAUUAAUGUAUUCUAAAAGUUGGUUCUCACUGAAUUUUCUUCUCUUGUGGAGUUAAUUUAAGAGAAAACAUGAGAAAUUCUCUGAAAAACUGUUUUAUUUCUUAGUUUGAUAUUUCUCCAUAAUAUAGCAUAAAACUUAACCAUAGGAUUUACUCAUUCAUGAGCCAAGUAUAUGCUUGCUAUCAUUUACUAAAAAUGGAUGGAAGAUUUCUGCAAGAUAAAUUGAAACAUGAAAACUUAAGUUUCAUCCAUACAUGUAGGAUGUUUUUGUUGAUUCCAUUUGUUGGGUGCUCUUAAAUAUUGGGUCUAAUAUUAAUACAAGAAGAGUAUACAUUUAACCUUUCUGCCCUUGAUAAUAGGGGAAAUGCUGGUUGGGUGUUUAUUUUAGUGAAUUCCAUUUUCCUCAACACAUAACAAUUUAGAGAAUCCAUAGUUUUAUACUUAGGUCCCUCCUAUUGACAUUCCAGGAUGUUUAUUUUAAACUUCUGAGCUACUACAAUGGCUCUUAAAUUGAGGUCAGAAAUGUUACAAACAUGAGGUUUCUGACAAUGUAGAGGCAUAGGAAUAAUCUGAAAAGUUUUUUACUAAAUCCAAUUGUUUUAACUUAGGCUGUGUCUAUAUGAAAGCUUUUUGGACUAAAUAGAGCUUUUUCUUGGCAUUGUAUAGACAUAGCUUUGAUGUAAAUUGCAAGAAUACCCAUAACCUAUUCUGUGUACAUUUUUUUUCAUUCUCAUCGGAUGCAUCAAACAUGCAGCGGUAAUAAACCAGAUUCUACUCAGGUGUGUGAGAGCACUUGCCUUAAGUUCAUUUUUUUCUCUAGUGUCUAAAUCAUUAGCUACUGUGAACACAGGCUGAUCUCAGAAGCUUUUUAGAAGACGUUCUUGAAGCAUAUUUUUAAGCAUUCUCAUUUUUAUAAAAACUAACAUAAAAAGAUGUGGGGGUGGGAGCAAUAUGGAUGGGCAUCACCCACAGUCAGACCACCCCUAACCCUGUCAUAACUUAUCAUCUUGACCAAACAGAAUACUAAAUUGGGUUUUUUUUAUUUUACAAGUCAUUGCUGUUCUGGCUUCAUAUUUACACAUCCAUUCUCAUCCCCCUUAAAAUCAUUCUUGAUCAUCCUGUUUUCUUUCAACAGCUUCAGAGGAUGAUUCCGAAGAAGAUGGAGACCAUAACAGAACAUUUGAUAUUGCCUAACUUCAUAUAAGACAAAUGGAUGAUCUGUGAACAAGUGUUUAUUAAAACUGGCAAUUACGUAUGAUUUAAUUUUGUGGGGAAUGCCUAUUGGAGAUAGAUAUAUAUCUAUAUAUAUAGAUAGAUAUAUAUAUAGAUAGAUAUCUAUAUAUAUAUCUAUAUAUAUAUAUAUAUUCUCAAGUAUUGCUGAAUUAAAAAUUCUCCUGGACCUUUUAACAUGGCCAAUGAAUCUGAUGUUUAUAAACUGGUCAUCAAAAGUACUUUUCUUUUCGGUGAGUGGGAAAAUGUUAUCCUUGUUUUAAAUAUCUAAGUAAUGCUGAUGACCCUUUUUUGUGUUUUGAUUACUGUAGUCAUAUUUAUGAAAAAAAAUGGUUCAUGUUUUUAGUUUCUUGCUAGUGAAAAAAGUGGGACAAAAUAUGCUUUUGAAAUAAAAUGGCACCUAAUUAUUUUUCUUUUCAAAAAUGCCUUAAGUUACAGUCUCAUUUUCAUGAUCAUUUGCUUCCAGUGUUUAUAAAAAAAAUAAUUGGGAAGUUAUGAAAGCAUUAUAUAUUAGGUUCCCAAAGUUAAUACGAAUCCUAAAUUCACUUAGCAAUAAAAUCUAAUUUUUAAGAAGUAUAUAAAUAUAAAAUGUAUAAAUGAUGGAUAAAUUUUUGUAUUGAUUUGCAAAAUGCAGAUUAUAUUUGAUAAGCCAUAGUAUGUAGAUAUUCCUUUUAGGAGUAUUACAGCUGUAAAUUAUAUUGGAAUUGCCCAUCAAAUGCUAUUUGGGAAAAAAAAUUACUGCAAUCUCAAGUUAAUGGAAUAUUUUUAAAUCCCACAUUUAAAGUUUAAAACACUGGUUUUCAAUGUGUUUUUUAGUGUUGUCACUUCUUUAUAGAUAAAUACGAUAUAAAUAACCUGUUUGGAUCCUGGUCGUUUUUAACUGUUCCUUGGUAAUUCUGAGCAUUUAUUUACUGACUUAAUAUUUUUCACCACUUUUGGAGAACAGAUGAACAUCACCUAUUCACCAUGAAUAGAUCUACACCAUGGUCAGGAGUUGUGUAUAAAGUUUCAUAACACUGUAUAUAUUUCCUCUGUCAACACCCUUUAGGAUAUACUUUUAAACACCUUCAGGUGGUUUCAGAUUAAAUAGUCUUAUGUUAUGGCAACUAACUACAUUUUCAGAACCUAAAUAGAAACCAUGCAAUUUCUCCAAUGUGAAUCAACAGUUUGCCCACACUUAGUUUGUCUUAAUGUAAAACCUUGGCUGGAAAUAAAAUGCAUACUGAUUGAUUUA